AUGUAUUUAACACUCUAUGUUCAGAUUUUCUACAAUUACACACCACAACGCGAAUGUACAGAUUACAACCACAACUUCACUACGGCUCAAUGCAAUUUAUCUCAAGAGCAACAAUGCGAUCAACUCAUGAACUGUAGCAAUAUCACCAUAGAAGACGCUCCCUUUCACUCCAUGGUAGAAGAAUUUGAGCUCUACUGUAAUAUGGCCUAUGAUGCCACUUUGGUGAGACCUCAAGGAUAUUUCAAACAUCCAAAAGCUGCCACCAUACAAUUUCUGGGAGUAUUAUUUGGUACACUGAUAUAUGGUCAUCUUGGUGAUCAUUUUGGUCGUCGACCAGUUUCAUUUUGUGGAAUUUUUGUUGGAAUUAUUGCUGGAGUAAGUACGGGAUUUGCACCAUCUUGGGAGAUAUUCGCGGCAUUGCGAUUUGUGUGCGGCACAAGUGUUGCAUGUAUCCUUGUGGUUUUCUAUACCUAUAUUGUUGAACUGAUACGACCAGAGCAACGAGUAUUUAUGAGAUCGUUUUUCAAUUGGGUAAAAUUUUCAUCGUUUUGAUU